UACGUGUACACUAUUUGGGCGUCUGGGGGCUCUGGUGGCGACUCGGUCCGACUCGCUCGGCCGUCGUCCUGGCUUCAGUAGCUGGCCGAAGUUGCGGGGUUUUAAAGCAGCCAGCUAAGUGGGCUAGCGUUAGUUAGCUCCUACCCGCGCCGACGUCUGCCAGGGCGGACAAGUCUCCUCGCGGCUCCGCUCAUGUCGGAGAGAUUAGCGGCACGUCUAGCGUCGAAACGCCCGCGGUGCGGCGACUAAAGAGGAUUAACAGCAACUUGGGUCUUAAAGGGGGGGAAAGUUGAGUUAAGGUAUGGAAGUCGCAUUGCACAACAAUAAAGUCAAUAGUUGACUUCUCGCACCAGACUGCUGACUUGACUCCAAACUUGUCUCCUUUACCCGGGCAGCUGAAGGUGACAUUUUAGAGGCUGCGGGACCAUUCAUGUGGCGUUUGUUAUGCUGGUGUUGAACAUAGUUGAGUUGCGUAAAGCAGUGUUUUUCAACCACCUAGUGUACCGUGAGAUACAGUCUGGUGUGCCGUGGGAGGUUAUCUAAUUUCACCUAUUUGGGUUAAAAAUAUUUUUUGCAAACCAGUAAUUAUAGUCUACAAAUGUGUUGUUGAGUGUAGUGUUGUCUAGAGAACCGUGUAAUACUCUUCCAUAUCAGUAGGUGGCGGCCUGUAGCUAAUUGCUUUGUAGAUGUCGGAAACAACGGGAGGUAGUGUGCAGGUAAAAAGCUGUCUAAUGCUUAAACCAAAAAUAAACAAAAGGUGAGUGCCCCUAAGAAAAGGCAUUGAAGCUUAGGGAAGGCUAUGCAGAACCAAACUAAAACUGAACUGGCUACAAAGUAAACAAAAACAGAAUGCUGGACGACAGCAAAGACUUACUGUGGAGCAAAGGCAAUGUACAUCCGACCAUGACAUGACAAUCAACAAUGUCCCCACAAAGACGGAUACAAAAAACUGAAAUAUUCUUGAUUGCUAAAACAAAGUAGAUGCGGGAAAUAUCGCUUUAAAGAAGACAUGAAACUGCUACAGGAAAAUACCAAAAAAAAGAGAGAGAAAAGCCACCAAAAUAGGAGCGCAAGACAAGAACUAAAACACUACACACAGGAAAACAGCAAAAAACUCUAAAUAAGUCAUGUCGUUACAGUACACCUACUUUGAGACAAGAGCUAUAUUGAUGCAUGGUUGGUUAUGCUUUAAAUUCAUAUCCAACAAUUGCAACGACGACUUUUUACUGUCAACUGAGUUUUGUUUUUUAAUAAUUUCUGCUGGUGGUGUGCCUCCGGAUUUUUUCAACACUAAAAAUGUGCCUUGGCUCAAAAAAGCGUCGACAUCUCGGGAUAGACGGAGGACCGCGUUCACGUCUCGGCCACUGUUCGAGGGCAUGCUCAAACCCCAGUGAUGGAGUCCACCGUUGUGAGUACGUCCACCCUGGCCCCCGACGACUUCGACAGGAAUGUGCCGCGGAUCUGCGGGGUUUGUGGCGACAAAGCCACUGGCUUCCACUUCAACGCCAUGACCUGCGAGGGCUGCAAAGGCUUUUUCAGGCGCAGUAUGAAGCGCAAGGCCUCCUUCACCUGUCCCUUUAACGGCAAUUGCACCAUCACCAAGGACAACCGGCGCCACUGCCAGGCAUGCCGGCUCAAGCGCUGUGUGGACAUUGGCAUGAUGAAAGAGUUCAUACUGACAGACGAGGAAGUGCAGAGGAAGAAGGACCUCAUUCAGCAGCGGAAGGACGAGGAGGCCCAGCGCGAGGCGGAAAAGGAGGCGCGGCGACCUCGUCUCAGCGACGAACAGAGUCAGGUCAUCGCCACGUUGGUGGAGGCGCACCACAAGACAUACGACGACUCCUACUCCGACUUCUGCCGCUUCAGGCCUCCUGUCCGCCAGGGCCCGGUGACACGCAGCGCCAGCAGAGCGGCGUCCCUCCACUCUCUGUCCGACGCCUCCUCCGAUUCCUUCAGUCACUCCCCAGAAUCGGUGGAUGCCAAAAUGAACUUCAACAACCUGUUGAUGAUGUACCAAGAACAGGGCAGCAGCCCUGACUCCAGUGAGGAGGAAGGCUCCAGUUUCUCCAUGCUGCCCCACCUGGCAGACUUGGUCUCCUACAGCAUUCAGAAGGUCAUUGGCUUUGCCAAGAUGAUCCCAGGCUUCAGAGAGCUGACUGCAGAGGACCAGAUUGCUCUGCUGAAGUCCAGCGCCAUCGAGGUGAUCAUGCUGCGCUCCAAUCAGAGCUUCAACCUGGAAGACAUGUCCUGGAGCUGCGGUGGGCCCGACUUUAAAUACCAGAUCAGCGACGUCACCAAAGCGGGCCACACUCUGGAGCUGCUGGAGCCGCUGGUGAAGUUCCAGGUGGGCCUCAAGAAACUCAACCUGCAGGAGGAGGAACAUGUGCUGCUGAUGGCCAUCUGCUUGCUCUCUCCAGACCGCCCAGGCGUGCAGGACCACGCGCGUGUGGAAGCCCUCCAGGACCGUCUGUCCGAGACCCUGCAGGCCUACAUCCAGCUCGCCCACCAAGGCGGAAACCUGCUCUACGCCAAGAUGAUCCAGAAGCUGGCGGACCUGCGCAGCCUCAACGAGGAGCACUCCAAACAGUACCGCUCCCUCUCCUUCCAGCCCGAGCACAGCAUGCAGCUCACCCCGCUGGUGCUGGAGGUCUUUGGCAGCGAGGUCUCCUAGUGGCAGGCCCGCACUCACCAGGGUAACACUACGACAAAAAUGGAGGGAGGGAGCUGAUGAUGUCCUGUACCGACUAAAUGGAGUCGUGAAGUCUCUCUAAAGAAGUCAAUGUGGCGAGAGAGCAGAUAAUAACAGACAGUAAACAAGGGAACUACAUUCAGUACAACUUAAGCUAAACACUCAACUUCUGCCUAUUUACAAGGUUUUUAAGUCAGGGAUGCACGAUAAUGGAAAUUUGAACCAAUACCGAUAAUUACCAAUAGAUACUAAUAUUUAUGUAUUUACACAAGAUUGUGUUCAUGAAAUGUAUUUAAAAUGUAUACUCUAACUAAGAAUAUGCCAACCUACUGUAGAGAACUGAUAUGUCAUGACGUCAUUAGUAGAAGUACACUUCCUGCUAUAAUUCUGACCUGUGAAAACAAUUAGAAUCAUUGUGUGGGAAUUUAUUGAUGUUACCGCAAGCAACUUAAACAUUCUGAAAAUGUUCUUGUAGGAUGAAAAACAACAAUCUGUCACAUACUACACUCAACUUGGCGACAACACCGAAGAAAGCGGAGUCACAUUUCCAAUGAUACAUUUCCCGGACAGUAAUCGAGUCAUAAAAUAGUGCCUGCCCCUUAAGAAGGCAAAAUUCAACAACAUAAAGAAAUCCUAAAUGUUACAUAACAUUUACCUCCAGAUGAACAAUGUUGUUAAAUUACUCAUUUUGCCGUGGAGUUCUUUCUGCCUAAGGUGUUUUUGAACGCUUAUUUAUCAGUCCUGUGGCUGUAAGUUUGCUGUGGUCGCCGCUAUUAACACCAGCUCUCAGCUUAGCAGCACAGGCCGCUUCGUACUUCUUCUAUAAAUCUUCAUGAAGGUGAAU